AUGAACCCAAAUUAUUCAGAAUUCAAAUUUCCAUGCAUGAAAGGUCACCCUUGGCAUAAGUUUUUUGCAAAUUUUGUACCCCCCGAGGCAAUUGAUCUUGUGUCAACACUAUUUCAAUACUCACCUAAUUUGCGUCUUACAGCGUUGGAGGCCUGCUCUCAUCCAUUCUUUGAUGAAUUGAGAGAUCCUGACACAUGUUUGCUUAGUGGCAAACCUCUUCCUCCUUUAUUCAACUUCACAUUUAAAGAGCUUGAAAGCGCUUCUCCUGAACUAGUUCGACGCCUCCUACCCGAGCAUUGAACUAAACUCGGGGUCAAG